AUGUGGUAUCAUGCCAAGGACCUGCAUGGUAAAGCCCAGGCACUAGCCAAUGCCGGUAAAGUAUCUAAUAACUCUGAACUUAAAGGACCUCUAGAUGUCCUCAAGAAUGCAAUUGGAACCAAUGAUGAAGAAGGUCUCAGGAAGGCCCUCUCAGAACUCAAUAGUGCUCAAGAAACUACUCCUCAGCAAAAAGCUUAUCUGGUUGAAAAGGCCCUAGAUGUAAUUGAUAAGUUUGGAGGCUUUGGUCCAGAUUCUGUCCAAUCGGCCUACAAUGAUGUCACUGCAAAACAAGCUGACGGAUCUGCCUAUACUACUGCUGGUGCUAGUUCUGAAUAUGGCCAAGUUACAGGUGCUUUCACUCAACUUCAACAAGCCUACAACGCUGAUAAGUGUAAAGCUAUCACUCUUAUUUAUGACAUAAUUAUACACAUACAACAAAUUCUUAACAAAAGAUUUGGUUUCCGAUUUUCUUUUCCAAAAAUAUUGCAUGCGCUACUAGUUUCUUCAGGAAAGUAUUAUACCCCAAAUCUUAUGAAACUUAAAACAGAAGCUGGUACAGGUACAGGUGAUGGCAAACUCCGAGCACUGGCCCUUGCACUAUAUACUCAAGCCAAUGCACUUGAUGAAGAAGUAAAGAAAGUUGAUGAUACUAGUGAUACUGAUCAGAAGGCUGCCAAAGUACUCCAGGCUAAGGCUGGUACAGAUGAUACAACUGAUGGUAAACUUCGUAAGCUGGCUAAAGAACUUUAUGAGGCAGCCAAAGCUCUUAAAGAUGCAGUUAGUAAAGUUGGUGGUGAUGAUGGUGGAGCUGCCAGUCAACUUGCGGAGGCUGUCGGUGCUACUGAAGACACUGGAUUUCGAAAGGCACUCAAAGCACUUGGUAAUGCAGAAGCUCUUUCAUCAGGUCUACCUGAUCUGGCCAAAAAUGUUAAAAAGCAAUACGGGGAUAAUUGGGGUGGUCUGAAAGCAGCCUUCAAUAAGGUCAAGGCACAAGAAAAUGCUUACACUGCUGAUGGUACUAUUAAAGGGAAAUACGACAAGCUUGUGAAUGCCUGGAACUAUUUUAAUAAUUCCUAUAGAGAUGCCAUAUCUAUUACCAAGUUUUAUUCAAUCAUUAUCAAAUUCAAUGCUAGUGGUGGUGGUAAAACUGCUCGUGACAUUGGUAGUACUCAUACAGAUGCUAUUAAAGAAGGUACUGGAACUAAUUUUGCCCAUCUCGCCGAUGAAAAUGCACUAGAUAAACUAAGUAGUGAUCCUGGUUCCGCAGCUAAGGCCACCGCACUGAAAGUUGCCGCCAGUAGCCUUCAAGGGUUACUCGGAGAUCUUAACGGAGCUGGCUUUUUUGAUCUGGUUUCUAAGGCCAAAGAUGUCCUCGAUAAGUUUGCAGGCUUUAGUGACGAUUCCGUUCAAAAGACAUACGACGCUGUGAAAAAUGAUCCUAAGGCUAAAGAACAAUCGGGUCAAUUUACCGCUGUUACAACUGCAUUCAAUGCACUUCAAAAAAAGUUUAAUAAGGAUCAAUGGAAAAAUAUUUCUCCUAUGUUUUACAAAAUAAAGACUAAGGCCACAGAACUCAAAGGCACUGGCAGCGAUCAAUCUACAAGUGAACUUACCACAACUAGGGAUAAUGAUAUCCAAGGCGAUAGUGGAAAAGGUGGUCAACUGAAGAAUAAAGCCAACCAACUAAAGGAAGCAGCCGAAGCACUUCAAUCAAAGGUUACUGAUGCUACUGAUGUCAAGGGUGCAGCCUCAACGCUAGCCGGUAAUGCCGACACACUUAGCCAAAAAGCCACCGAACUUCCUAGUGCUAAUGGUAAUACACUUCAAGAUCUUAGACCUCAAGCCGAAGCUCUAGCUAAUUUAGCCAAAGGCUCCGGUAGUGUUGAUGAUACUAGUCUAUAUAAGACUGCAGAGGCACUAAAAACUGGUGGUGUUAAUGAAACGAAGGCCAUUGCAGUCAUAAAAGCAUUCAACAAGGUCAAGGACAAGUACAAAGAACUGGCAAAAGAUCCUACAUACAGAGUCAAACUUCAAGAAGCCAAUAAACCAUCAGGACAACCACCACCACCAGGUGAAAAUACUGCUGCAGAUAAGACGGACUUCGAAAAACUUUGUAACGCACUCAUCAACUACUUUGCAGAACAAGUUGCCACUGCAGCUGGAAAUCUAGCCAAUGGCACUGCAUCUGAUAAUGCCAACAAUGUGAUUGAUGGUUUCGACGUAGUUGACAAGGCAUUCAAUGGGCUAGGUCCUAGUGAUCAGCCAAGUAUAAAGUCUGAAUUUGAGGAUGUCAAACAAAUAUAUGAGAGAUUUCUAAACCUCACCAAACUAAAGAGUCUGGCCGGAAAAAUAAAUUCUAGUGCUAGUGGUAAUCUUUCAGGUGAAGCCAAUCAACUAAAACAAGCGGCCGAUACACUCCAGCAAGGUGCGAAUGUUGAUAAUGCCAAAGCCUUCAAAACACAAUAUGACGCAUUCAAAGACACAGGGACCUCCACCAUAAAAAUCACAGCCACCGUCGGCACCAAAACCAUCACUGUUACCAAUCUACCUCAUAUGAAUGACACUUUUAAACCUAGACAACAAAAGUUCUGGUCCAUCAUUAUUCCUUCCAUAGUCACUCAGUGGUUAAAUUUUCUCACCUAUGUAAUUCUAUUGAUUGUAUAUCGUGGUGGUGGUGAACAAGGAUACUAUAAAAUACAAGACUACAAGAAAGACAAAGACGCCAACGGUACGAAUCUAUACAAAGAAGGCACCACCGACAAAGAACUAAAACCUGCUAGAGAGGCGAAAAUAUAUACUAUCAUUAUUCCUUCCAUCAUUAGUCAGUGGCUAAACUUCCUAACAUAUGCCACAGCACUUAAAGACACUGCUGAGAGUCAUUCAACCGGGGAACUUACCAACACAAAGAAAGCUGAUAUCCAAAACGAUAACAAAAAAGGUGAUCAACUCGAUACUAAAGCCAACCAACUAGCUCAGAAGGCCCAAGAGCUUUCCAAGGCAGCUGACGCAAUAGUGUCUGAGGCUGCUAAGGGUAGUAGUCCACUUACUGCACUUCGAAGUCUAGCCGAAGCUCUUAAGGAUGCAGCCAAAAAUGAUACAAGUUAUACUGGUUUAUAUUAUGCUGCAAAUGCACUAGCUACUGGUGGUGGUGAUCUUGAAUCUAAGGCCAAUGCUGUCAUAGCUAAGUUUGAAGCAGUCGAACAAGCAUACGAAGCACUAAUGAAAGCAUAUAGUAAACUCACUAGUCUACCUCAAGAGAAACAACAACUUGUUACCGCUGUCGACACCGCCUACAAAGAUCUCAAGGGUAUCUACGACAGAAUCCUAAACCUUACCAAACUCGCCGUUAAGGCCCAAGCACUUCCUGCACUUUCAGGUGCAGCCGGUACUCUAGUCACUAGUGUCACAACUCUACGUGAUAACGCUGUUCCUGGUAAUAAUUAUACCAAUGCCCAACAGGUUAUAUCACAGUUCGAAAAGGUAGAAUCCGCAUACAUCAAACUAGAUGAGAGUAAUAAGGAGACCGUUAAGACUAAGUUUGAGGCUCUCAAGAAACUCUACGACAAAAUAUUUAAGUUCACCAAGAUCAAACACUACUCCGCACAACUUGAAACUGCAGCCCAAAAUCUAUCCACCAGUGGUGGUGAUACCGAGAAUGUCAUUGAGAAAUUCAAUGCAGUCGUUGAUUCCUACAACGCACUAAAUGAUAUUGAAAAGAAACAGGUUAAAGCUCAAUUUACUGCUCUUCAAACUGAGUAUUCUAAAGCUAUAUAUCAAUAUAAGUGGCAUCUUUUAACCAUGCCUUCCAUGUUAACUAAUUGGUCAAAGUUUAUUACAUCUAUAGUAUUAUUGGUUGUAUAUUUGACAGAGCAUAAUAAUAGUGAAUAUGUUCAAGCAACAAAACUUAAAGAAGCAGCUGGUACAGACACUUCCGAUAGUGGUAAACUCCGAGCACUGGCCCUUGCACUACAUGGUGCAGCCAAUCAACUUAACACUGCAGUUAUUGCUGUUGGUAAUGAUGCUGCUGCCAAAGUACUCAAGCAUAAGGCUGGUAGUCCAGAUGAAGAGGGUAAACUUAGGAAACUCGCAAAUGCACUGUAUGACAAAGCACAAGCUCUAGAAAGAGCAUUUCUGGGUAGUACUGCUAAAGAUGACCAGGACAUUAAACAAAAAGCUGGUGAAAAUGAAAACGAUGGACUCCGUAAGCUCGCAGCUGACCUAUACGAGAAAGCCAAUGCUCUAGCCACUAAAGUUGGUGCUGCUGAUGGUCAAUCUGAAGCCAAUUCACUUGCCGAUGCUGUCGGCAAUACUGAACAAGAAUCUGGUAAACUUCGACAUGCACUGAAAAAUCUUGCUCAAGAAACUAAUGAUGGUAAUCUAACUCAGAAGGCCGGUGCUGUUAGAACUGCAUACAGCUCAGUCAGCGGUGCAUUCAAUGCAGUUCAGACACAAAAUGAUACAUAUAGAGCAUAUACCAGUCCCGAUAAACAGGCCAAGUAUCAAGAAGUUAAAAAGGCAUGGGAAGCUUUUGAAGCUCUUUAUACUACUGAUCUCAAAACUCUUGCCACCGAUCUUGCCGAAGCUGUCGGUACUACCUCCCAAUCUGGUAAACUUCGACAUGCACUCAAAGAUCUUGGUAAUCAUAGAGGUUCUGAUGCUGAUCUACCUCAGAAGGCCGGCAAGGUUAAAGAUGCAUACGACAGUGGAAGCAAUAAUGGUGUCAAACCCAAAUUCGGAGCUAUUAAGGCUAAAGAAUCUUCCUAUAAAGCUAUUGCUGCUAUUCAAUCUCUAUACGACAAUGUUGUAUCUGCAAUGACAGAAUUCGACAAUGUGUAUAAGCCUGAAGAACUUCUCGUCACUGAAGUCGGAGAUGGAGCUAAAGAAACCAUUGGUCUCCAAAAGGAACUCAAACUACUUGGUACUCACAGUGGUCCUGCUGGUCAACUAUCUGGUCUGGUCAAAGCUGUCAAAGAUCAGUUUGCAGGCUUUGGACCCUCUGUAAAAUCUAUAUUCCACUUAGUCCAGGCACAAGCUGAUGCAUACUCAGCUGGUGGUACUAUUAAAACUGAAAAAUAUACCGAUGUUACAGAUGCCUGGACCAAUUUCAACAAUAUGUACUAUAAGGCCUUAUCUCACUACAAAUACUAUUCCAUUGUAGUUCCUUCCAUCUUUAAUAUGAGGUUAAGCGGGUCUCCGAAAACCAAAUUCGUGGGCCCAGACUUCGGUGGAUGGAAAAAAUACACAGAUGGUAGUACUCCUGUUUAUGCUUGGAUCUGGCACCUCUUUGAUAUCCUCAUGGUUAUCAAGAUCUUACUUCUUGCGCAUUAUGUUGGUCUUUUCAUGGCCACAUUCUUUCCACCUGUAAUUGUGGCCCUUCUUAACAGAGGAGUAUUUGGUAAAUCUACUAAAGCCUAUUCACCCAAAACCGAACAUACAUUCGAUCAUGAACACGGAUUUCCGGGCUGUAAAUCAUACCAAUACAAAGAAUACGGUACUGGUCCUCCUCAAGAUAAAAGUGCUAACGCUUCCUUUUAUCACGCUCAUAUUUAUAUACUCAAUUCAGUACACACCACAUACCAAAUUCUGAAACGUGGCGAAGAUAAUCCUAAAAUGUUCAGAUUUGGUGUUAUUGGUUGGGAUGGCUACGACACCACUAGUAAUACUAGUCUUGACUUUAAAGUUAAUCUCAAUGGUAGUGGUGGUAGUAAUACUUUUGAUUCUAGUGGUAAUAUAACUAUCAUUGUAGGUUCUGAUAACUUUAAACAACUCGAAAGUGCUAGUGCUCCUGGUCCUGUCACUAUCACUGGUAUAACUGGUUCUAUCAAGAAGUACACUGAUCCCAAUAAGCCUCCUGAUACUGGUAAUCUCACAGAAAUCACCACUGGUACUCCACUCACUGCUGAUACUAAGCUAUACAUUCAAGCCACUGGUACAAUCACUGAUCCUAGUAUUUCUGGUGAUGUUACACUUACAGGUACUGUCACUGUAACCUCCUCCGGUCAGAAUCUUGGCUCCAAUCCACUCGCCCUGGGUCCAGACCCUUCAGAUCCUACCAGUACUGGUCUAGGUGGAUCCAUAACACCCAAGGAUGGUUCUGGCAAAGUCGAAAUCAAGAGUACUAGUACUAUCACUUUGAAAGACGAGGCUCUUGAUGCUCUUAAGUCUCUCACUCAGAAUGCUGUCACUCUCACAAAUAGUGGUGGUGGUAAUUUUAGAUCUAGUGCCAGUAUCGUAGUAACAACUACAUCCAAAUAUGUUGACUUCACAACACUCACUGUCACUAAUAAGCUUGAAAUCACUAGUAUAAAUGGUACUAUUAGGAAUGCUGAUGGCAAGACUCCUCUCAAAACCGAUACUAGUCUCACUGUUGGCACUAAGCUAUCCCUUGAAGCCACUGGUACUAUCACCCAACCUCCUGAUGCUAAUAGUGCUCCAGUAAAACUUACAGGCACCAUUGUGGUCACCUCAAAAGGGAAUAUUGGUACUCCACUCACCUUCGGUGGAGGUCCCAGUAGUGGUGUAACUGGAUCCCUCACACUCACUGAUUCUGGCGACGAAGGCGAUAAGCAUGUCAAAAUCACUGGUGGUUCUAGUACUCUCACAAUCGCAAGUAAUGCCUACACCACUAUCAAGCAGGCUUCUGAUACCACUUCUAGUUCAUUUAUCAUUGGUGGUGCUGAUCCUCGUGAUAUUAGUGAAGCUCAUAAAAAUGCUAUCAAAGCUGGUGCUGGUGGUGAUGCUAAUCUUGCUAAUGAAGAGUGUUUUAUUAAAUCUUACUUGCCACUAUAUUCAUAUAUUCACUUCACUACAGCUAUUCUUUGGACACUAGCUUACGGUUACUAUCGUGAUACUCAAAAAAAAGUAAUUACAUAUCCUAAGAAUGAGGCUACUACUGGUACCGUUAGUAUUAAAACUGGUACUCUUGAUGCUAAGGGUGAGUGUACUGAUGAGGCUGCUCCUGGUGCUGCCAAUAUUACUCCUCCUACUAAGACUGAGGUUGACGUUCAUAUUGAUUCCAAGUGGUACGUUGUAGAAAUUCUUAUUUUGAAACUGCUGAUAAUGUUGGAGCAGGACCCAAUUUCGAAUACAUCUCAUCCAAAAAUACAAAUUCACCACCAAGCUCUUUAUCCUUUUUCUAUCAACAAUUAUAUAGAUUAG